AUGGAGGAUAUAGUUCAUCGAUAUGUGGACAUAUUAGAUUCAUAUUUGGUUAGAGAUUGUACCAUUGCUUCAUUGAAUAAAGACAUGGAUAUAGCGAGGAUGCAAGCUUUUGCACAAAAGUUGGAGGAUCAAAGGCAAAGAAGAAGGGCACAAGAGUCGGAAAGAGGGCAGUCCAAGAAGGCCAAAUCUACGGGGCAGUUUACCCAAUCUCAAGGUGAGUUUGAGCCUCGGUUUUUUAAUAGACCGCCUAGGCCAUCAUUUUCCUACUCUACAGCUAGUGCUCCACCCCGAGGGUCUAGGGGCGAUCAGUUUGGGCAAAGAGGUGAAAGCCAAAGCUCAAGAACAGCGGGGCACCACGAGCAAGGAAUUAUGAGCCAAUCAAGACGUCCUCGACAACUUUGUAUACAAUGCGGGAAAAAUCACCUAGGCAUAUAUAGGUUUGGUACAGAUGCUUGUUUUUGGUGUGGUACACCGGGACACAUGAUGAGAAAUUGCCCUCAAAGGGGCAUGGGUGGUAUGGCACAACCUGCUGGAUCGAUUGCUGCAUCGUCUUCAUCAGUUCCUUCUUUAGGCAGGGGUGCACAAAUGCCUGCAGGUCAUGGUAGAGGUGUUAGAGGGGCAACUAGUUUUAGUGGAGUUCAGAAUCGCACGUAUGCCCUAGGGAAUCGACAAAAUUUGGAGGCUUCACCGGAUGUGGUUACAGGUACAUUAUCCAUCUUUUCACAUAUUGUAUAUGCAUUAAUUGAUCCGGGGUCUACACUAUCAUAUGUCACUCCAUUGAUUGCUGCAAAGUUCAAAAGAACACCAGAAUUAUUGGUUAAACCAAUUGAAGUGUCUACACCGAUUGGUGAAUCUAUUAUAGUUAGAAGAGUUUAUCGAAAGUGCAUAGUAACUGUUUGUGGUCGUAAUACAUUAGCUGACCAUGUUGAACUAGAAAUGGUUGAUUUUGAUGUCAUAAUCGGUAUGGAUUGGUUAGCUUCUUGUUAUGCUACAAUAGAAUGCCGAACUAAGAUGGUGCAUUUCCAUUUUCCAAAAGAGGCAGUCCUUGAAUGGAAAGGUAAUAUUGGGGCGCCAAGAGGUAAAUUUAUUUCUUAUUUUAAGGCGAAGAAGAUGAUGUCCAAAGGCUACAUAUGCCAUACAGUAAGAGUAAGAAAUAUAGAUGCAGAUCCACCAACUCUUCAAUCUGUUCCGGUGGUAAAUGAAUUUACUGAAGUAUUUCCUGAAGAUCUUCCAGGUUUGCCUCCAGAACGAGAAGUAGAGUUUGGUAUUGAUAUAAUUCCAGAUACUCAACCUAUCUCCAUUCCUCCAUAUAGAAUGGCCCCGGCAAAAUUACGGGAGUUGAACGAACAAUUAAAUGAUUUGUUAGAAAAAGGAUUCAUAAGGCCUAGUAUGUCCCCUUGGGGAGCACCAGUUUUAUUUGGUGCUAAGUGCUUUUCAAAAAUUGACUUGAGGUCGGGUUAUCACCAAGUGAGGGUCAGAGAUCAAGAUAUACCCAAGACGGCUUUUCGAACAUGGUAUGGUCAUUUCGAGUUUUUAGUUAUGUCAUUCGGGCUAACAAAUGCACCAGCAGCUUUUAUGGAUUUGAUGAAUAGGGUGUUCAAACCAUUUUUGGAUGUGUUCGUGAUAGUAUUUAUAGAUGACAUUAUGGUGUAUUCAAGAUCUGAAGAGGACCAUGCUAAUCACUUGCGGCAGGUGCUACAGAUUCUUCGUGAUCGAAAGUUGUACGCAAAGUUCUCUAAAUGUGAGUUUUGGUUAAGAUCUGUGGCAUUUUUGGGUCAUAUUGUAUCUGAUGAAGUAGUAAGGGUUGAUACCCAAAAGAUAGAAGCUGUGAAGAACUGGCCAAGACCUGCAACACCUACGGAGGUUCGUAGUUUCCUUGGGCUGGCAGGUUAUUAUAGAAGGUUUGUUGAAGGAUUUGCUUCUAUUUCCGCACCAUUAACAAAACUAACACAAAAAGAAGUCAAGUUCCAGUGGAGCGAUGCAUGUGAAAAAAGUUUCCAAGAACUGAAGAAUAAAUUCACUUCUACACCUGUAUUGGUACUUCCAGAAGGCACGGAAGGGUACGUAGUGUAUUGUGAUGCAUCGUGA